GGAUAGCGAUUAUACUACAGCAAUUAUAGUACCCCGGGGGAGGGGCGAGGGGGGCGAGGGGUGGGGGGCGAUUGGGAUUGUUCGCGGGAAUAUGGCGGACGGUUGGUUGGGUCCCCCGCCAUUUAAGGCUCUGUGCUUCACGACUUCACAACUUCCUUCUCAAGCUCCUCUCAGAUCCCUCCCCAUGUCAUCCUUACACUCCAACUCCUCUACCAACCCUAGCCCUAACGCUAAGAAGCCUUCUUUGCUCGUUUUCUCAGGUGGAACUGCCUUUAAUGGUGUCGUGGAAGAGCUUAAAAAUUUAACAACUUGUGUUGCACAUGUUCUCCCUGUUUCUGAUGAUGGCGGAAGUACAGCUGAGAUUGUUCGGGUGCUUGGUGGUCCAGCUGUUGGAGACAUACGGUCAAGGUGUUUGAGAUUGUCUGACCAAAGUACCUCUGAGGCUCUUGCUGUCCGAAGAUUGCUUGGUCAUCGUUUGUCCAUUGAUCCGCAGCAAGCCAAGCUAGAAUGGUAUGAUAUUGUGGAAGGAGAACAUUACCUAUGGAAAGGUGUAUCAAAAUCCUAUAGGGAAACAAUUCGAGCAUUCCUGGCUUAUUUUCAGAAUCAGAUCCUCCGGCGGUCUAAUGAAUCAUUUUGUUUUAGUAAUGGCAGCAUUGGGAAUUUUUUCUUUGCAGGGGCUCGCAUAUUCUUUCAGUCAUUAGAUGCUGCAAUAUUUUUGUUUUCACGUGUUUCAGAUAUUCCACUGGAAAGUUUGGUCCUCCCGGUUAUUUCGACCAAUGACAGGCUUACAUUGGGAUGUGAAUUAUUGGAUGGAACUAUUAUACGUGGUCAGAAUGAAAUAUCUCACCCAAAUAGCGAUUCCAUGGAACCUGUUAAUAAGGGUAGCUCUUCUAUUCGUGCUCUUCCUUCAAGAAUAAAGAGGGUAUUCUACAUGUCAAGUGAAGGGAGAAAUUUGCUACAUGAGGUCUUCCCUGCAGCAAACCCUGCUGUCUUGGAGCAGUUGAGCAAUGUUGACUGCAUUGUAUAUGCUAUGGGAUCCCUAUUUACUUCCAUCUGCCCAUCACUGGUAUUACUUGGCAUUGGGGAGAUUAUCUCUUCAAGAUGCUGUCCCAAGGUGCUUUUGUUGAAUGGUUCACAUGAUCGAGAGACUGGUGGCUUCUCUGCUUCUUGCUUUGUAACUGCCAUUACUGAUGCUCUAAAUCGAACACAUGGAGAACGUCAAAAGUGUCUUAUGAACCUUCCAAGUCAGUAUAUUAAUACCAUUUUGGUGCCCAAGGAUGUUCAAAUUCCUGUAGAUGUGCAAUGCUUGGCUGCCCAAGGAAUCUUUCACGUGAUCACUGUUGAUUCAAUUCAUGAUCCCAAAGUGGGCAUCAUUUUUAAUCCGGUCUCCUUGAUAAAAGCUCUUGCCAACUUGAUAGGCAGAUAUAACAGCAUAACUGCUGCAGGGACUUGAUGAAUUUGAAGGGAGAAGUGAAAUUUAAGAGCAGCGGAAUUUUUGCAUCUUACUGGAGAAAUUGCGAUAUGAUAUAUUCUCUAAGAUGUACCAGUCAGUUUUUUUACAGCUCCACUUUAUUUUUGGAAAAAAAAAAGAAAAACUCUUCUUUUCGUGUAGAGCUGCACACUUCUCAAGGCAUUCAGUGUCAUUAAAUGUGCUGCAGUUCAGGUCCAACUAAUUUUAAAUUCUGAAACAUUGUUUGAUUCACUGGUCCAUUUUUUGUGUUAAAACUUAAUACUGAUAUGAGAGCUUUGAUUCAAGCUACAUCAGGGUUACUUGAUGAGCUGCACUGGAGAUUAUGACCUCAAUUGGGUAAUUUCCCUCGGCAGUUCUAGUGCUGUAUAAAAGCAUGGAUACUUGGUCCUAGUCAGAAUUCCAAACCAAAGAGAGGCGUCAUCCCAGUUUCUGAGAUAUUUAUGAAGGCAAACAACAGAUGUGUGAAGUGUAUUUGGUAUUUUUGUCCUGUUUGCUGACUUAACCAUAAAAUUUUGAAGCACAGCUAGUUAAAUCCUUAUUCACGUCACAUUUCAAACUAAA